AUGCCUGCCAGGGCAGCGCACGCGGGCAGCUGUGAGGAGGAGCAGUCGUCACGUAGGGGGUGCGGUGCAGGCACGGUGGAGUGCACUGCAGCGCACAGGGUGCUGUUCGGCCACGGGGCUCGCCUCUGGGAUGCUCAUCUCGACUCCCAGGUCAUGCCCUGUCCCCUUGUCCCCUUGCCCCCUUGCCCCCUUGCCCCCCUGCCCCCCUGCCCCCCUCCCCCCCUGCCCCUUUGCCCUCUGUCUUUCCUGUCCGCUACAGCCACCCCAGUCCCCCUUCCCAGCCACCCCAGUGCACUGCAGUGCCCCCCUUCUCUGUUUCUCAGCACCCUCUCUUCCCACACCCUUCAUGAGCCGGCCCACACCAACACCAUUGCACCAUCACGCCCAUGCCCCCGCGCCCCCAUGCCCCCAUGCCGCCACACGCCCACGUGGCCCCCCCGCAUCCUCCCCCCACGGUGGCAGGUGGCAGUGACGGUGAGUGAGGACUGCACGGCGCGUGUGUGGGGCAUUGAAGAUGGCCGCCUGCUCGCACUCAUCCCCGCGCACCAGGGGCGGGGCAUAUGGCGGUGUGUGGUGCACCCCCCCACGCGCACGCUCAUCACAGGGGGGGCGGACGCCGCCAUCAACCUGCACGCCCUCCCCGCCCUCCCCUCCCCCCUGCCCUCCCCACACGCCCUCCCCUCCACCGUGCCCGCGGCCCUGUCAUGGCACCCACCUCUGGACGCGCUGCUGCUGCGCGUCACGCCCACCGCUGCCCUCACAGGCCACAGCAUCGCCCUCGCCACUGCUGCUGCCGCCGCUGGCGCUCUGACAGAGGGGGAGGCAGGGGUGGAGGGGGACACUGGUCGCAAGGAUAGCAGCAAGAGCGAGUUCAUCCGCUGCAUGGCGCUGGCCUCGCCUCACCUGCUGCUCCUCGCCACCAACCACGGCGCGCUGCUCCUCCUCCGCCUCCCCGCCUCCCCCUCCUCCCCCUGCCCCGCCCCCAUUGUCCUCCUGCCCGCCGCCCCACCGUCCCCGUCCCAUGCUUCCCGCGGGCCAAUUGUGUGCCUCCACGUGGAAAGGGAGGAAGGGAGUGCAGAAGAGGAGGAGAAGGAGGAGGAGGGAAGAAAGGAAUCUGGAGAAGCAGGGCAGGGGAGGGAGAGGGAGGGGCGGUGGCGGGUGGUGUGUGGGUUCGGCAUGGGGCAGGCUGUGGCGCUCUCCCUCUCUCUUUGGCUGCUAGCGCUGGGCGACCAGAGGGGGCACCUCUACCUCUACCGCUUCUCCUUCUCCGCCUCUGCUGCCAGCCGUCCAGUGGCGGACUGCCACGUGGCAGCAGUGCUCAAGGGGGCGCAUGGCAUAUCUGCAGUGGCGAGUGUGACAAUAGAGGGGGCAGCAGGCAUGGGCGCAGCUGCAGCGUCGCUUGGCUUCACUGCCCUCAUCCACACGACCGGCAGGGACGGCUGUAUCUGCACCUUUGCCCUGCGCUCCCCACGCCCCUCCCGUGCCAGCACGUCAGCUGCGAAUGGGGAACCUGUGGGACACACGGGCACAGGUCUCGUGCGUGGGAAUGAAGGAACUGUGGGGCAUACAGGCACGGCACAGUUGCUUGGCAGUGAGGGGGGUGGCGUGCAGCAGGCGGGGGGCGAGACGGGCAUGCAGGAAAGGGGGGGGCAGCAGGGUGGAGUGGUGUGUGUGGGCGUGCAGCGAGCUGGGGAGGUGGGCAUGGUAGAGUGCGUGGUGCGGGUGAGGGCGGGGCAAGGAGGGCGCACAGGAAGGGUGGCGGUGGGGUUUGCAGCAGCGGACUUUGUGGUGUGGAGUGUGGACGAGCAGGCAGAGAUGGCGCGCAUAGCGUGUGGGGGAUGGCGCCGCCCGCACGCCUUCCUCAUCGAUGCCCACUGCAUGGGGUCCUUCGCCUUCGCCUUCCUCAAGGGCAACCAUGUGCACAUCCACCGCACCUCACCUGCCGCCACACACUCCGCCCUGCCCUCCCCGCACACGCCUCCCACCCUGCCCCCUUCCUCUCUGCAUCCCACCUUCCACGGUCGUGAGCUGCACUCGCUCGCCCUCCUGCCUCUGCCUCCGCUCCCCUCGCCCCAUACCCGCACCCCUUCCUCCCCCUGCGCCUCAACUUCACCCCCCUCCCGGCCCUGCUCCUCUCUGCUGCUCUCUGCGGCUGAGGAUGGCUGCCUGCGCGCCUCCAUGUACGACCCUGCAGAUGAGGGGAGCGGAGGGGGGCUGGAGGGCAGUGAGCGGGUGGGAGAGCACGUGGGGGGCAGCGCCAUCAGAGCCAUUGCCACGUGCGCUGCAGAGGGCAGCAGCACCUGUGAUGGGGGUGGUGGUGGUGGUGGGGAUUGUGCCCCCUCGUCAUGGCUUGUGUUCACGGCUGGAGCGCGCGAGGUGCUCAUGUGCUGGCUGCUGCUCUGCCCAGACCCGCCCCCUCUGCCUGCGGCCCCAUGCCAUGGCCCUGUCCGUCCUUCCACACACACGGGGCAGCAGAGAGGGCAAGAGGAGGUGAAGACGGAGGGGGAGCAGCAGACGGUUGGGAGGGAGGAGGUGGGAAGCAGAGCCGAGGGAUGGGAAAAUGUGUUUCUGAAAGGAGCGCAAAGGAGCAAGGCCGAAGGGGGGGGUGGAGCACAGGCAAGAAGGGGGGAAGGAGGAACGGAUGGGCGGCAAGUUUUGUCGUUUUGGUUGAGCACACACCGGCCAGAUAAAAAGCGAGUGGUGCCAUGUGGUGGUGGCAGCAGUGGCAGCAGCAGCAUGGAGGACGAUGUGCGGUACCUGAGCGUAACCGCGUUCUCAUUCGGCAGCUUCUCCCAACGCUCGCUGGUGGCGGUGGUGGUAGCGGCGACAUCAGACGCGCAGCUGCACCUGCUGGCAUUCCACGCGCCCUCCCUCUCCUGGCACCGCCUCGCCGCCCUCCACCACCACACCUGCCCCGUCCUCUCCCUGCACCACCUCCUCCUCCCCUCCCCCCCUGCCCACACUACCACCUCCCCCUCGCCUGCUGCCCCCACCACUGACCCCUCGUCCUCGUUGCCCGCUCUCCCGCGCUGCCUCAUCACCAGCGGUGCCACGGACGGCACUGUUGUGCUCUGGGAUGUCACCGCCCCUGUCACCCAAUUCCUGCACGCCACGUGGCAUGCUGCCUCGCAUCUUCCCCCACUCUUCCCCUCAUCAUUAUCAACACCAACAGCAUCAGCAGGUGCAGCAGGGGGCAGUAGAUUGGGGGCAGUGCGGCCGGUGAGUGGGCGGGGCAGUGAGGGGGGGCAGCGCAGGAGGAAUGCACGCUGGCACUUGCAGGGUGGGGGGAAGGGGCACAGGCAGGGACAAGGGCAGGGGCAGGGACAAGGGGGAGAGAGGUCUGGUGGCAGCGAGGUUGGGGAACAACAUGAGCGGGAGGAGGAGCGGCAGAUGGGGGUGCGAAAGGCGGGAGGGGAGGAGGCAGAGCGAGAAGGCGAGGGACGGAGCGAUGUUGGUUCUGAACAGAAGGCUGUUGGGACAGUGGGGGGCGGGGGAGAUCAGGGAGGGGCAGGUGAUGGGGAGGAGAGAGGGGAGGGGGAGGAAGGUUCAGAAGGUACGGGAGGUGAGGAGAAGCAGCAAGGGCGAGCAGAGGCGCAGGGGUGGGCGGGUGUGGACGUGGGUCCCCUGUGUGUGGUGAGGGGCGCCCACCAGUCGGGUGUCAACUGCAUUGCCGCUGCUGCCACCGCCACGGCAGGGAGGGGCCACUGGCAGGGCCAAGACACGCGAGCGGAUGGGGGGAAUGGGGGGAAUGGGGGGAAUGGGGGGGAUGGGGUCGAUGGGGUGGAAGACGGCGCGGUGAGGGGCGUGGGGGCGGCGCAUGUGGUGGUGGUGAGUGGCGGGGACGACGAGGCGGUGCAUGCUGUGGUGCUGCUCCUGGACUGCAUGGACGCCGAGCACAGCGCGCACACAGCACGUUCCGAGGGGCUGCGCGCAGAGGAGGGGGGGGAGGGGGGAAGGGACGAGGGAGGGAGGGGAAUGGUGGCUCGAGUGGUGGCGCGGACAUGUGAACCCAAUGCUCACUCCGCUGCUGUCAAAGGCAUCUGGACGGAUGGGCAGGCGGUGCUGUCUGUGGGGCUGGACCAGCGCCUGCGCUGCUGGUCCCUCUCCUCCAAUCACCACGCGCCACGUGGCAAGGCAGGCGGUGCCGAGGCAGCUGCAGAAGGGAGAUGCAGCGAGGAGGGGCAGAGGGGCGAGAGGGGGUGUGCAGGAGAGGAGGGAGGGGAGGGCGUGGAGGGGAGCAGGUGGGAUGCGGGGAAGGUGGCGUGUGGGGCGGGGCAGGCAGGGGCGGGUGUGGAUGGGAUAGGGGAGGGUGGGAUGCGGUUGGAGGGCAGGGGGCGGUGUGUGGUGGAUGUGCCCGAGGCAGAGGGGCUGGCAGUGAUGGGUCAAGGCAAGGGCAGGUACCUGGCAGCGGUGUGUGGCCGAGGCAUGCAACUCAUUCACUGCACCGAGUCGGCGCCUUGA